GCGACCAACUAUCCUCCAAAUUUAUCAUUUUCAAGGACGACGAAGCGCGCUACUACGGAAAUAAAGAAACGACUUUGUUCCCCAGACGCGAAGGCAUAACAAUGCAGGGCGACCGCUGGAGCCGCAAUUGUGGCAGUGGAGGCGUGGGGCACUCUGGCACGGUGAAUGAAUACAGGUCCGGCGUGCUCAUUGGGAACUUCGUCGAGAAUGCGGCGAAGACAACGGGCAGGAUGGGGGAGACCAUCCUCUCCCACACGGGGCCGGGAGCGCAGACCGGCAUUCCCACCACGACACAAAAGCGGAGCUACACAGCUGAGGGCAAGACGGGCGAGUACCUUGUCGAAGCAUCCACGCGCCACGAUCUGAACCAGCCGGGGGUGAAGGGCGAGCUGCUCACUCGGCACGGCCGCUUCGAUGAGCCACCCGUGCAAUGCCUAGGCACCACCUAUCAGCUCACGUACGGGCGCGCGGACGGCACCGACCGGCGCGUGCAGUCCUACCUGUGGCACGGCCGCAAGCAGGUCGACUACUUCGUGCCUCACUCCACAGGGGGUCCGUCCACGCUGAGCCUCACCGCGCGCAAGCAGCAGGAGUGGGGCACCCAGGGCGCCACGGACGCCUACCUCACAACCAAGAUGGCGGCCACGCAGCCGGCGGCGCUGGCGACGGCGGAGAACCCCACCCGCACCCAGACUCUGCGCCCCCUGGGCGACAGCGGCCUUAUGCCGCAGCCGGGCCAGAAGCCUAAGGGCUUUGCGCGUGACGAGCUGGACAAGCCUCAUCACCGCACCGGGCUUCGCGUCAACUACCGCUCCUAGGCGGACGUGCGGAUUAGCGGUCGUGCGGGUGUGAGGAUAGCUCUGAGAGCGAGGCGCUCGGGUGGGUGCGGACGCAGAUCCGAUCGCCCUGGGCAGCAGGCGGUUGUUCGGCGUCAGUGCUGCGGCUGAGGCGGCGGGGCGAGGCGAGCAGCAGCUGGGGAGCAGCAGCGCCCGCAUCUGGUGCCCGCGGCGGCGAGCAUGUAAGUGUUUUGUUGUGUCCAUCUGGGAUGCGGGCUCUGCCGCGGAAAUGUGAUAGCGGAUGCGAGAGGCCGCGUCGUUUGUGGCAGGGUCGGUCUAUCAUAGUGCUGGUACGGUCUGGCUGCGAAAUGUCAGCGUGUUUCACGUAGUUGCGCGAGGGUACUGCUGAGUGUAUGAUUCGUCCUUGAGUCAACCGUGCGAAGUGUACAGCGCACGGAAUAAGCGUGUGCUUGCCAGGGACAGUCAGCCAGAAGGCACGCAGGGGUCAUUAGCACUUAGGCGAAGUAGGCGGGAGAGUCCAGAGGCUGAGGCCCGGGCUCAGCUCUAGAGGUUUGCAGAUCGACACGAAAGCGGUAGGAUGUUAGCUGAGUCCAAUAUUCAUGGAGCUAUAGGAUGAGGAUUGUAUGGUCGUGCUGUCUAGCACAACGGGACCUGGCGGAGAGCACUGCGGCUGGGGAUAGGACGUUACCUGGAGAGGCGUGGUCCUAGACAGAUUUUGUGGUCUACCUUUGAUUGCUCAAGUGGUUGCUGGAAUGACUGUGCGGCGUACGUGUGUGAGCGGUACUGGCUGAAAGCAAGUGCAACAUUGCAUAUUUGCAUUGCGGGGCUUGUGACCGAAUAUUGCGGGACAAAGGAAUUCAUGACGGCUUGCACGGAAGUUGCAAACAGGGCGCUGCCCUGGUCUAGCGGCCGCCAAAUCCCACGCUUGGGCCUUGGGGUGUUGCUGGGGGCCCCGAGUGAUGCGCCAGUAAAGCCCGUUGUUACUUGU